AUGAAAGACUCGGCAAACCUUCCCCUCGAGAGUUCAAGGAACGCCACGUGCAGGGAAGAGAGCUCCGUAGCAAUGCGACUUGCUGGACUCCUCCUUCUUCAACACCAUGGGUUGAAAAAAGUCACUCGCCCCCAAUCAACCAGUCGGAGGAGACGCCCGCCGCUGACCAACAAGGUAGUCUUCUUGUUCUUUUUCUGCUUUUUCCAGGGGACCAACGAGUCAACCCGACGCGAGGGAGGCCCUUCCUUGCCUCCGGCCGGUGUCCCAAGUCUGAGCGCCUACCAGAUCUUUAUGCCUCAGGGUGGCAUACACCAAUAG